AUGACCUCUCUAUCCUCUUCAGCUUUCUUAUUUCUGUGUUUACUUUCUUCACCCUUUCUCUCAAACGCAAACACCAAAGCAAAACUCGGGUUCUCCACAGAUCUGAUCCACCGCGAUUCGCCUAGUUCUCCGAUCUACAACCCGUCCGAAACCUCGUCCCAGCGUCUAAGAAACGCAAUCCACCGAUCCAUAAACCGUGGUCUCCAUUUCUCAGGCCAAGAUGCAUCAGUUAGCUCACCCCAAACCGAGCUCACCUCGUAUGACGGUGAAUAUCUCAUGAAUAUAUCUCUAGGAACUCCUCCGCGCCCAAUCAUGGCGGUCGCCGACACGGGAAGCGAACUCCUCUGGGUACAGUGCAAACCAUGUGACAGCUGUUACCCUCAAGAUGAUCCUAUCUUUGACCCUAAAGCGUCUUCUACAUACAAAGAUGUUUCUUGCUCCUCAAGCCAAUGUAAUUCUUUUAGUAAAGCUGGAGCCGCCUCUUGUUUCACAAAAGACAACACUUGCAGUUACGAUAUACGUUACGGUGAUUUCUCAUACACCAAGGGUAACUUCGCUGUCGACACCUUAACUCUCGGUUCGACUAAUAACCGCCCCGUGCAGAUCAAAAACAUGAUCAUCGGAUGUGGUCACAACAACGCUGGGAGUUUUAAAAAGAAGGAAGAUGGAAUCGUCGGGCUUGGAGCUAGUCCAGUUUCGCUCAUUUCGCAACUCGGCGAGUCGAUCAACGGUAAAUUCUCAUAUUGUUUGGUCCCUCUAGAUUCAAAAGACAAUCCAACGAGCAAGAUCAACUUCGGAACCAAUGCUGUUGUGUCGGAACGGGAGCUGUCUCAACUCCUUUGA